CCAAACUUUUCCAGGAUUAUCAGACUGUUAGAAAGCCACAACGUGGAGACAGAUCUCAAACCAUGUUAGAUGCGGCAGGUCCAGCCUCCAGCUGGGGUUCAGGUCUGACGGGGUCUGGUGCGGCAGGUCCAGCCUCCAGCUGGGGUUCAGGUCUGACGGGGUCUGGUGCGGCAGGUCCAGCCUCCAGCUGGGGUUCAGGUCUGACGGGGUCUGGUGCGGCAGGUCCAGCCUCCAGCUGGGGUUCAGGUCUGACGGGGUCUGGUGCGGCAGGUCCAGCCUCCAGCUGGGGUUCAGGUCUGACGGGGUCUGGUGCGGCAGGUCCAGCCUCCAGCUGGGGUUCAGGUCUGACGGGGUCUGGUGCGGCAGGUCCAGCCUCCAGCUGGGGUUCAGGUCUGACGGGGUCUGGUGCGGCAGGUCCAGCCUCCAGCUGGGGUUCAGGUCUGACGGGGUCUGGUGCGGCAGGUCCAGCACUCAGCAGAGCCUCCGUAUGAGUGCAGAAUAAAAACUUGCUUCCUUCUUCCUCACACUUCCUGUUUUCC